AUGGCAACUUGUUCAAGAGGCUGCGCACCAGCAGUGCGCCUUUGUCAGAAACUGAACCGACUCAAGACACUGGAUGAUGACAUGAUGGCCACGUCGCUGAAACGCUGCCUCUCAACCCUGGACCUGACACUGUUGGGUGUCGGGGGCAUGGUUGGCUCUGGGCUCUAUGUCCUGACAGGCACAGUUGCUAAAGACAUGGUUGGGCCUGCUGUCAUCAUAUCCUUCAUUUUUGCAGGAUUUGCUUCUUUAUUGGCUGCCUUUUGUUAUGCAGAGUUUGGAGCACGCAUUCCCAAAACAGGAUCUGCCUACAUGUUUACCUACGUCUCUGUGGGAGAGGUCUGGGCUUUUCUAAUUGGUUGGAAUGUGAUUCUGGAGAACAUGAUUGGUGGCGCUGCCGUGGCACGUGCAUGGAGUGGUUAUCUAGACUCCAUUUUUAACCACGCCAUCCAAAACUUCACAGAAACACAUGUUAUGCAGUGGAACAUACCCUUCCUUGCCCACUACCCUGAUCUACUUGCUGCAGGGAUCCUAGUAGUUGCCUCGUUCUUCAUUUCCUUUGGUGUUCAAGUGUCCUCUUACCUCAACCACAUCUUCUCCGUCAUUAGCAUGUGUGUCAUUAUUUUCAUCCUGAUCUUUGGCUUCAUGCUGGCUCAACCAGAAAAUUGGGGCGAGAAACAAGGGGGUUUCGCACCUUUUGGAUUGUCUGGAAUACUGGAAGGCUCGGCCACGUGCUUCUACGCAUUUGUGGGCUUUGAUGUGAUCGCAUCCUCAAGUGAGGAGGCAAAGAACCCACAGAAAGCUGUUCCCAUUGCCACAGCGAUCUCCCUUGGACUGGCAGCAACAGCUUACAUCCUGGUCUCCACAGUGCUCACACUAAUGGUACCCUGGAGUACACUGGACCCCAACUCAGCUCUGGCAGAUGCUUUUUUCCGUCGUGGUUACAGUUGGGCUGGAAUUAUUGUGGCAAUAGGCUCCAUCUGUGCCAUGAACACCGUGCUGCUCUGUAAUCUCUUCUCCCUCCCUCGGAUUGUGUACGCCAUGGCAGAGGAUGGGUUGUUCUUCUCCAUUUUUGCACGGGUCAAUCCUGUCACCAAAGUCCCUGUUAAUGCUAUUCUGGUGUUUGGAAUCCUCAUGGCUACCAUGGCUCUCAUCUUUGAUCUGGAGGCCUUGGUUCAGUUCUUGUCCAUCGGCACCCUGCUGGCAUACACCUUUGUGGCAGCUAGUGUUAUUGUGCUUCGCUUCCAACCUGACAAAAUCAGCUCCAAGGGAACUGCUUCUACAUCUCCCAACCCCAACGCUGAGCCUUCACCUGCUCCCUCAGAGUCUCAGACCAUAACUGAGGACAGCGGGGAGCUGAAGCAGUAUGAGUCCUUUUCUGACAAACUCCAGUUGGUAGAGAGGCAGAAAAGCGAGCGCCGAGGGGUUGGGCAGCUGAGGGCAUACUGGGAACCGUACCUGGGCAAGCUGCUGGGGGACUGUGAGCCGGGCGAGGUGGUGGCCUUCUGCGUGCUGACUCUGAUAGUGAGCUCAGUAUCUCUCUGUGUUGUGCUGGAAUUUGGAAAUAACCAGCUGCAACUGCCGCUCUGGAGUUUCACAAUGCUGCUCGUGAUUUUUAGCUUAGCUUACGUUCUCAGCAUGGCACUCAUAUGGGCUCAUGAGCCGCAAACCGACAGCAAAACAUUCCAGGUACCUCUGGUUCCAUUGACUCCAGGUGCCAGUAUCCUCAUUAAUGUGUUCCUUAUGAUGAAGCUCAGCUAUCUCACCUGGAUUCGAUUCACUGUUUGGAUUGCCAUAGGUCUCCUUGUGUAUUUUGGCUAUGGUAUCUGGCACAGUAAGGAGGGCAUUCGGGAGCUGCAGCCCACAGACAUGGCUGCCCGGUACGUGGUGCUACCCAGCGGCAGCCUGGUAGAGACAGUACAGUCUGUCCAGCCCGAUGGACAAGUGGAUACCUCGGCGCACCACAUCAGCCCCUCCACUGGCCCGACACCUGAGGAGUAUGCUGGAAAGAGAUGA